AUGUGGACGUUGCAUCGGGACGAACGCUAUCUCGGCAAGGGAAGGUCGCAAAUAGCAGACGAUGCCAUACCAUCUCGCCCUCUCGCUGUCUGUCUAUCUGUCUAUCUGUCUUUCCCGCCCAUCUCUCACAUCCUCUUUGCCCAAGCAAAGAAGACGGGGAAGGGAGGGAUCAAGGUCCCCAUAUUAUAUCCACAGCAGGAAGUUCUCCGUGUAUCAAUCGCCCGUCGUUCAGGCAGCCAGCAGCUCCAUCCGCCGUAA